UUCCUGUACUCCAUCUACAUGGUUAUCGGCCACAUCGUUCUUCUGAACCUCCUCAUCGCAAUGCUCAACGACUCUUACUCCGCCGUGAGGGAGGUGCACCAAGUCACGUGGCGAGUGGAGGCGGUGCAGCUGGGCAUGUCUUUGGCCAACAGUUUCCCCUUCGCGACCUUCAUGAUUGGUCGGCGCUCUCUUGCGAAAGCAGACCUUCACCCGGAGACACACGGCAUAGAGACUCCCAAAGAUAGCAGCUCACACCAGAGAUGGUUUCUCACUCUGUCCGACGCUGACCUAGAUAGCCUACACGAGCUCCAGUCACAUGACCACAGUGAUGACGUCACGGAAGCUUACGUCACCAAAAUGGUGGAGCUGGAGACAAGGAUGACUGGGCACCUCCAGAGUUUAGAAAGUUCUGUUCAUGAUCUGAAAAAUAGACUUGGUAGUCAGAAAAAAUGAACAAGGAUCAUAAUUUAAACGAUAUUAUUGUAGUAAAUUAAAUGCCCUUGAGUCAGUUUUUUGUACAUUCACUCAGGAAUUGCGAAAAUAAAGCUUCCACCUCAGCAUUACCCUUGCUGCUACUAUCAUCUCUCUGUGAAGAAAUGCAGUUUUGUAUUUUGCCUAUUAAGCAAAUCAAGAGAUUUUGAGAAACAUACCUUGUACA